AGGGCGGGGAGGAGCCAAGGGGCCUAGAGGGCUCCGUCGAAACUGUGUGGGGCUGGCGGCUGGCGGUAGAGACGGCUGUGGUGGACCGGCUCGAGUGGGAUCCCGGUCCCAGAACAGCCCUAGGAGGCGGACGGGCGGACAGCAUGCCCCCACUGCUGCACCCCGCCCUGCCGCUGCUCCUGGGCGCCACGCUGACCUUCCGGGCGCUCCGGCGCGCGCUCUGUCGCCUGCCCCUACCCUUGCACGUGCACGCCGACCCCCUGCGCACCUGGCGCUGGCACAACCUUCUCGUCUCCUUCGCUCACUCCAUUGUAUCGGGGAUCUGGGCGCUGCUGUGGAGCUGCUGUGACCUCAGGGGAGGGGGAUUGCACCUGGGAAACUCGAGUGUAUGGCAGACCCCCGACAUGUUGGUGGAGAUUGAGACAGCAUGGUCACUUUCUGGCUAUUUGCUCGUUUGCUUCUCUGCAGGGUAUUUCAUCCAUGACACGGUGGACAUCGUGGCUAGCGGUCAGGCGCGAGCCUCUUGGGAAUACCUUGUCCAUCACAUCAUGGCCAUGGGUGCCUUCUUCUCUGGGAUCUUUUGGAGCAGUUUUGUCGGUGGGGGUGUCUUAACGCUGCUGGUGGAAGUCAGCAACAUCUUCCUCACCAUCCGCAUGAUGAUGAAAAUUAGUAAUGCCCAGGAUCAUUUCCUCUACCGGGUUAACAAGUAUGUGAACCUGGUCAUGUACUUUCUCUUCCGCCUGGCCCCUCAGGCCUACCUCACCCAUUUCUUCUUGCGUUAUGUGGGCCAGAGGACCCUGGGCACCUUCCUGUUGGCUGUCCUGCUCAUGUUGGACGUGAUGAUCCUAAUCUACUUUUCCCGCCUCCUCCGCUCCGACUUCUGCCCUGAGCGUGUCCCCAGGCAGCAACACAAAGACAAGUUUUUGACUGAGUGAGAGGCACAGAGCCUGGGACAGCAAACACGGGACAAGAACAGAAACAGCCUCACAUGGAAACUGGGACUUAGCCCCAAGCCCCGGCGUCCUCUGGGGCAAGCCUCUCUACCUUCGGAGCCUGCGCCCACACUAUUGAAAACACUAAUGAAAGCACUUCUCUGAA